AUGGACAGCACCAACGACAGUGUCCACCCUGACCUCCUCCUGCUUGGGCUUACCAGCUGCCCCAGCCAGGAUAACCUGCUCUUCUCCCUCUUCCUCUGCAGGUAUCUCCUCAACCUGUUGGCCAACCUACAGAUCCUGCUGCUGACCCGCUCUGACCCCCGCCUGCAUGGCUCCCCCAUGUAUUUCUUCCUCAGCCACCUCUCGCUGGUGGACAUCUGCUUCACCUCCACCACCAUGCCCAAGAUGCUGGCCAACCUGCGUGCUCGGCGCCAGGGCAUCCCAUACACCGGGGGCCUGGUGCAGAGGUCGGUCUCCGUGGCCUUUGCCAUCCCUGAGAACUUCCUGCUGGCAGUCAUGGCCGGGGACCACUACCUGGCCCUCUGCCGGCCCUUGCGCUACGCCGCCCUCCUGAGCCCUCCUCCUCAUCGUCCACUCCUAGGCCCGCAUCCUCCAGGCCAUGCUCAGGACCUGUGCUACUCUGGGGACAGGGACAAGCUGGCCUUGGUCAUGUACACCGUGGUCACCCCCACGCUCAACCCCUUCAUCUACAGUCUGCGCCACCAGGACAUAAAGGCCGCCCUGUGCCAGGGCCUAGACAGGCUAAGGGGGGCGUGGUGGGGCUGGGGCAGGGGGUCAGGAGAGAGCCGCCUCAAUAGCUCCGUCAUCCUGCGAUCGAAUUCCCGUCGUCCCACCCACUCCGUCCCAUCUUCUCUAACAUCCACACACCCAUCCGACUUUGGCUGUCUUCGCUACAGGCAAAACGUCAAGAGCAGAGUUUUGUUUCGGACUGUCUUUAAUAGGCUCCGUAAAGCCGAAGAACUGAAUACAGGAAUUCCUUCGCCACUUCAAAAAACACAGUAUCAAUGGAAUUAUGAGCGCUUCUUCCAGUAA